AUGUUCCCCCGGCGUGGUGACGCCGUUUGGACUUCGCGACGGUGUGAGCUGCGCCACCUGGCUGCGUGGGCGGAGCGCGUGAUAACACGCAGGCAAAUCGAUGUGCCUGUUGAUAGAGUUGGUGUCCGACACCCACGCUUCCAACAGCUCUCGCCCUGUCUUGUUGCCGGCUCGCGCCAAUAUCCGCGUGUUGGCGAAGUCGAACUCAUGCCCUUCCUCCAGCGUGUGAGUGGCUACUUGAGACAGUGGGUCGCCUCUCCGAACGGUCCGUUUGUGCUCAAGUAUUCGUGAGCUCAGACGUCGUCCUGUCUGGCCUGUGUAGUGGCAAGGACAGAUUUGGCACGGGAUUCAAAAGACUACGCCUGACUGUUCACCUGCGUCCAGUCGAUCCUUCAUUUUCUUGAUCCUGCUACGCAUGGUGGCCGCCGGAUGAUGAGCGAUGCCCACGCCUAGCUCUGACUCGAUGCGUUCUGUAGCCUCGGACACAUUCUUUAUGUAAGGUAGGGAGUGCCGAAUUGUUGUUUUCUCUCUUUCGUUUGUCCGGCGUGGGUGCGCUCGUAUGCAGCGACUGAUAAAACUAUUUGAGUAGCCGUUCUUUGUUAAUUGGUCCCGGAGAUGCCGUUGUUCUUGCAUCCUUCCUUUGGGCUCGCUACAGUGCAUUUGCACACGGUCGAAAAGCGCCCUCACACAGUCCCGUUUGUGCACCAAUGGGUGGUUGCUAUGAUAGUUGAGGACCUGGGUUGUAAUGGUGGUCUUGCUGUACACUGUAGUGCUGAGUUCACAGUCAGAUGUGCGCGUGACGAGCACGUCCAGGAAAGGUAGUUUUUCUUCCUCCUCGUCUUCUCUUGUAAACUGAAUGUCCGAGGAAUUUGCUGUUAAGUAAGUUUUGAAAGUCCGAUAGCUUGUCCUUUUCAAUAGUGACGAAUGUAUCGUCCACGUAUCGGCGACAAAACGCAGGUUUGUCAUGGCUGAAAGCAAACUUUUCCAGCUCCUGUAGGACCAAUUCCGCAACUAGUCUGGAUAUUGGGGAACCCAUGGGUGUUCCUUUGAUUUGUUCGUAUGUUCUGCCAUUGAAGGUGAAAAAGGUUCGUUGGCAGAAUGCAAAGAGCUGCAUUAGGUGCUGGAUCUUUAGCGGCCUUGUCGUUUCGUCGUACUUUUCUUCGAGGCGUUUGCGUAGCACGUCACGCGCCAAGUCUGGUGGGAUGGAAGUGAAAAGUAAGACAACGUCGAAGGAUACUAUGAUUUGGUCGGGUUGAAUAGUUUUUCCUUGAAUGUCGGCAGGAAUUAGGAGGCUGAAUUGACGGACGUCACAGAGCCCUCUUGGAGAAAAUUGAGCUUUCGAAACCAUCCAUCUGGCUAAAUUGUAUGUGCGGCUGCCUUUCAGGGCAUCGAUUGGCCGCUGAGUAACGUUAAUUUUGUGGAUUUUUGGUAGUACGUAGAAUCUGGCAAACGCCGUGUCGGUUGGUUUUGUCUGGCGUCAUUCGUCCAGCGAGAUUACAUUGUUGCGCCAGAGUCGUCUAAGAGUCCAGUCAGCUGGCCAAUGAUCGAUUUGGCCUGCGAGGCGGGUGUGGACCUGUAGGAUUGCUGGUCGUCCAGGAGAGCUUGUGCCUUCUUGUUGUAAUCAACGCGGUUCAUCACAACUGUUGCUCUUACUUUGUCGGCCGAUAGCACUAUAAGUUCUUGGUCCAUUUUUAAUCUUUUCAUUGCUUCUAUUUCUGCGGGUGACAUAUUGCUAGCGUGCCUGUUCGUCAUCAGGAGAGAGGUAACCUUUUGGCACACCGUGUGUUUAGCCUCUUCGCUUGCGUUAGUUCGUACUAACAUGGCCUCAAGUGCGGCAAUGAAGUCGGCUGGGGUGGCAUCAGCAGUGUUAAAAAUGGCUUCGUGGCUCAACAUUCUGAGUUCCGUUUCGUUUAACUGCUUCGACGAUAAGUUGUGUAUCACAUUUUCGUUCGUAUUGAUUUCCGGUUUCAAUUUGACGGCUUUUUGGUCUAGAUUCAUGCGUUUCAUUUCCUGUCUCGCUUUUGCCACGGUUGAUAUUGUUUGGUCCAGACACUCAGUAACUGAUUCGCCGAGCAAUGCCGUGCACUCCGCCCUUCUUUCUUCUAUAACUCUUCGGUACUCGCGCAAUGUUAAAAUAUAAAAACGACGUGGAUGUCUAUCAAACGGCUGAAAAAAGCUCAUUUUUACUCAUGUUUUCUAUAAAAUAUAUUUGCAUUUGCAAGACCGUCGAAAAUCAAUGGGAAAAGUGCUUGCUCCUUAAGAAGUCACAUUUCACCGAGUACAGUUUCUACAGGGUUUAAGACCUAGUGCAUUCAAACUCUUACAUCCUGUUAAGUCUGAAAUAUUAUAGGAUUAUGCCGCAUGGUAAUCAGUAUUACAACCGCGCCUAAGUAAACCUCCCUAAUUGGGAUCGCAUUUCAGAAUUUCAGUCAACAUUUUAUGAGAUCGGUCACGCACUGGAUACCAGAGACGGUAGCCAGUGCAGGAAGAGGAGGGCGUAGGACUGCCAAGGAAAUUGCCUUUUACUCGCUUGAGCUGCGAUCGAAUUUCGUCAAGGUUCUCUGGCUCGCUGUUAAGUAACAAACACAAUGACCUUUUGCCUCCACAUUCUUUACUGCGGCUAUGCGUGAACAGAGUAAUUUGCCACGCGAUGGAACGGGCGACCAACAGGCCUAGUGACAGCUUGCCAUAUGGUCGGGCGAUCGUCAGGAUAGGGUAGGACGACAUGAUGAAAUUCACGGACAUUAACCACUCAGGUGCGGGCAAACAGAUAAUCCUUUCAUGAUCCACUGCUCUCAGAGAUAAAGUGAGAUGGCAGAAAUUAUCCUACGCAAUGUGGUUGCACGGGAAUUGCGUCAUAUAAAUACUUCACAAAAUAUGCGUCCGUUAGUCGCACAUGCGGCUGUCUCUAAUAAUAAGUUCGAGUGAGAAUCCAAACCGUUAGGCCGAUGAAAUUCUUUUGCUUGAGAUUGCAUCUUAUUCCUCUUAAGGUGAUCAUCAGUUUGUGACACCUUCCACACGAAAGGGGACUUGUAAGUUUUAAGGAAACAAAUAAAAAAGCUUGCCUCCAUCCCUGCCUUAAUAAAUAUCCGCUCUGAAGUGUCAGAUAAUGACGGCAGGCAAUGCACUAAUUGGCUUCCGUUCAGUGAAUCGCGCGUACCCCGUCUAGCAGACCCCGUCUGUGGAUCAUCUGUGUUGUGUGAAGGUCUGUAAACGUCUUUAAAGGCAGGAUCAGCAAGCCAUGUCCCUAUCAGCAUGGUAUGCGCUGGCAUUUCUUUGGCACCUGGUCCCCUGCUGGUAGAUGUGUUAGCUCUUCCGCUGGAUAUACAGGCCGUGAGCAUGGCUGCCCAGUCAUCUUCGUCUUCUAAGCCGUUGUAAAGUAGUUUUUGUUGGUUGAAAUCCUGGUCAUCUGUUAUGUAGACCAGGGUGUGUGAUAGUACGCAUAGGUGCGGGAUUUCGCUGCGUCAGACACCUGUGCGCUCCCCCGCCUCCGCUCUGUCUCGACAGCGGUGCAGGCUAGGAGGUGGAGAGAGUGCGGUAGACGCUGAGCAAGUCUACAUUCACUAUAAAUCACGUGCAAGUCGCCGUGCCUGCUUCAUCAUGCUGUGAGGCACACGGUGGCAUUGUUGGCAACGACGGUGGAACUGUCGUUGUUUGCGUGCGCCUGUUAGUGAUUCCGGAUCGUGAUGUUUGUGGGGAAUGAUAUUGGCCGAAUGGCGGCAGAAUACGCCCGGAAUAAUUUUCCAUCAACAUACCCGCACCCAAAUCGCCAUCUUCUGUCUGUUGUGGCUGGGGGUCGCCUGUGCGAGAGCCCUCGCCCGCAAUUGGAGUGUGUUUUGCGAAGCCAGUUGAUCUCUCAUGUGUCAGCAACAAUAUUUGUCAUGUUAGUCGUUCUGCAAAUUAAAUUUUUUUCGGUUAUGUUACACCGUUACACAUAGGCAAACAUUACCUUUUAGCCUGUACGCCAACCUGUAGGGGAGUUUGAAAUCUUACUUCUACUACUACUACUACUACUAUUACUACUACUACUACUAUUACUACUACUACUAUUACUACUACUACUACUACUACUACUACUACUACUACUACUACUACUACUACUACUACUACUACAGAUUUCUACUUGUUCCCACUGCAGUGGGCCAUCGAGGGGGGAGGAUUGUGCUAGAUCGAAACAGGGACCAGCUCAAGGUUCGACACACACUUUAG